AUGGAUAGCGGUAUACCAGAAUUUGAAUAUACACAUAUUUUGAGAAGUAGGGAUAUUGCAAGCGACACUGACAUCCAGGAUGAAAUGCCUCAGAGUGAGAAGCUGCCGUCGUUAAAAUCGUCAACAGAUGGUAAUAGUGUCUUAAAAAAGAGAAAGCGCGACCCACAACUCGUACAUUUACUAAAAAAAGUCAGUGUACAAACGACCACUCUGAGCGUGGUUCUUCCUCUUUUUUCUCUUUUCAAACUUCUUUUGAGCAGACCCGAGUACAAUGGUAAUUUGUUGAGGUGCCUAGCAGUAUACAUGGUUGUAUCACAAUUGAGUUUGGUGGCCGGCUACCACCGCUUCUUUACCCAUGCGUCGUUUCAGUGUGACUUAGUGAUACAAUCUGCCUUCGCCAUUCUAGGCGGAUCGUGUGGCCUCGGAUCCAUCUUGGAUUUUGCCAGUCAACAUUUGGCACACCAUCAUCAUGUGGACACUGAACGCGACCCAUAUGCUAAUAUUGUGCAUGGUUGGCUUUUUGCACAAUGGGGCCAUAAGCUUUUCCGGGGGAAUCGAAAAUCCGAACGGGCCGUACAAGAAUGUCAAAAUACGAUAAAAUCCUCGGCGAAAAGUACUACCAACGCGAAAGUCAACUUGUCACACCUUACCACACCAAGCUACGCGCUUUUAUGUUGGCAGCACGACAACUAUAGUGAAAUUUUGGUCUUGACGUUAGUUCUAAUUCCUUGCUUACUGGCCAAGCUUUGUGGUUUGCCGUACUUCAGUGGAAUAUUUUACCUUGGCCUGGUCAGAAUGUCUUUAAUACAGCAGCAAUGGCUAAUUAUUGGCUCUAUGUGCCACACUAAAAACUUUCCCUUUGCUCAGCAACCUUUUGAUGAUUCGAGAUCGGCAGUAAACUUACCACUGGGUUUUCUUGCGGAUAUACUGACCUUCGGGGAAUCAAAUCACAAUUUUCACCAUGAGUUCCCGGGGGACUACAGAAAUGGACCGCAUAAACUACAGUGGGAUCCGUCAAAGUUCUUCAUCCUCCUGCUUCAUUAUCUUGGUCUUGCCGGCAAAUUACACUUUACUAGUCAGGAACAAAUCGACAAGUGUUAUCUACAACAACAACAAAAACUUUUAGAUGCAGAACGGUCAAGACUUCAAUGGGGCAUUCCUUUGGAUAGGCUUCCCAUCAUGCCUCCAGAAACUUUUGUAAAAUUGGCUAUGAAGGAAUUUCAAACGAAAAGACGAGCGUUGGUUGCAAUUGAAGGUGUAGUGCAUGAUGUUACUCCAUUUGUACAUGACCAUCCCGGGGGCGUUGCAUUAGUAGAAACAAGUGUGGGCAAGGAUGCCACUCAAGCCUUCAACGGUGCAGUAUAUUUACAUUCUCAAGCUGCAAGAAAUCUUUUGGCAACCAUGCGCAUUGCUGUUUUAGGGCGUGGGCGUAUGGGUAUCGAGCCCACCCUUUGGGAAAAGCACAUGCUUGAAAGUAACAACUUCAAGAGUGACUCGAAAGGUCGCGAAAUUGUCAGGAACAAGCAACAGGUUACGUUUACGAAUAAAAAUCACUUCGCUGCAGGUGCGGCAUGA